UGCUCCACCACUAGCUAUCUAAUGCGAGAAUAAAAGUACAAAAGUUUAUUUUGUUUGUUUUUUUUUGUUGUGCACAAACUAAAUCGAGUGUGACGACAGUCGGGUGUCAAAAUUUCUGUCAAGCUAAAUAAGUUUAAGAAAACUAAUAAAAAAAAGCGGCAAACCGAAAAGCACGUAUGAAAGAAUAAAAUAAAAAGCAGGGGACAACAACAAAUAAAGCAUAAACAAAAACACAGACGCUGCGAGCGAGACGCGAGUGUAAAGCGUAGACUGUGAGUGAAUAGCAUAGCAAUAACAUCCAAUUGUAAAUAAUACAUAGAGGAAGUGUGUGUGUGUGUGAGGGUAAGAGGCGAAUAGCGAAGGCGCCAUGUCCAAGGUGCUUAGCCCACACAAGCAGGAGACUGUGUCGCGUCAACGCCCACAACGUUCAUGCCCACCGCGGCACAACAGCGCAGCAAGUGUGACCAGUGCAGUCAGUGUGACCAGCAUGGAGGUAGUGGCCAGCAUGGAUUUGGACGCUCUUGACUACACCAGCGGCAGUUCGAUCAUUGAGUUUCUCGCCAAGGAACAGGACUGCAACAUUGAACCAGCCGACCCGGAUAGCAUUUUCCAGGAGGUCAGUCGCCUCUCCGACAACACAGACAUGCGCUCCGUGGACGAGCUGCUGCUGGAGGCCGAACGUCUCAUCCAACAGCAACUGCGUUUAGGCGGAGCCGGCGAUGGCGAUGCAACUGUGGUUGCAUCUCCAGCUACAGCUGUGGCACCUGCUGCUGCUGUGCAGCUAAAGCCAUGUUCACCAUCAUCCUCAUCGCCGCAAUCGUUGUCAUCGCCACAAAAUAGCAUUAGGCUAAACACACGCUACACACGCUCCAUUGAGCAUGUGACGACCAAGCCAACAUUCGCUUCUCCAAAGCAGGCCAAAGUGGAGCAAGAGGAGUCGCCAACAUCAGCAACAGCUGCAGCAGUUGGAGUUGCCCGGGCACAGACACCACAAACGGAUGGCACUUUUGUGGCAUUCGUUGAUAAUCUGCCCUCGGAAUCGGUCAUCUCCGAGGAGUCGACGCCCAAGGAUAUGCUGCAUCACACACACAAUGGCAAUGGCAACGAGCUACUCGCCCAGCAGCUGCAGUUGGAACAGCUCGACAAUACGGACGACGACGAGGAUACGAUGGAGGAGAUUACCGAAGCCGAGGAUUGUGUCGUCCUUGGCGGGCAGUCGCGUCGCAGCUCUGGCCAGGCGGCGGUCACCACCGCCAACUCGUCGUUGUCAGGCAAACGUAGCUACAAACCCAUCGCACCCAUGGCCAGCUACUGUGAGAAGGCGGUGGGCAGUUCGCCCAAGCAUCUGGUGAGCACACUGAGCUCGCCCAUCGAACAGAUUGGCUGCAGCGUGAGUCGGGAGCAUGCGCUAAUGCACGAGAUCGAGCAGCUGCAGGAGAAGCUCAAGGACACCGAGGAGCGACUCGCUUCGGUGCGCCUGCAAAGCGAAUCGCUGUCGCAGUCACAGCGAGCAAUGCGCGAACAGAACGGACGGCUGCAGGAUGAGUCCGAGAUGCUGAAGUUGGACGUGCAGCAUCUGCACGAAUGUGCGGGUGUCUUGCGUUCGGAGCUAUUGUCGGCGCGCCGUGAUCGCGAUGAGGCCAUACAGCUGGAGCGUUCGUUGCGCACGGAGCUGGAGGAGGCGCAACAGGAGCGGCGACAGGCGGCGGAUGUGAAGGAUAAGGAUGCGCGCAUUAUACAGGACUUGCAGCGACAGUGUCGCGAAAUGGAACGCAUCCUUAUGCGCAAAUAUCCCGACUCUGUGUCGGCUUUGAUCGUGGCAUCCAAAAAUCCGGGCAUUUGCUCGAUGAACGAUCAGGAGAACAUGAGCAGUCGCAAGCUGCUGGAACAGCGCAUCGCGCAACUGGAAUCGGAUGCCAAGGAGCAGGAUCGCAAGGCUCAGCAGAUACUGGCCAAUGUGCAGGCGCGUUUCAAUUCGGUGCAGGCCAAAUACGAGACGCACAUUGCCGACCUGGAGACCCAAGUGCUCAGCCUGCAAGAGAUCAACACGAAACUGAACGAACAGAUCGAGUCACAGGUGCGCACUCUCGAUCGCUACAUGCAGAAGCGUGCCGAUCGCUAUUACAACAAUUGCACUCAGACCGAGGAGCAGGAGACAGUCAAUUGGCCACUUGGCCAGUUGGCCACAGUUGAAGCAAAGGCGACGGCAACCAGCACAGCAACACAAACGCCAUCGAAUGGCGCGAUGCGUGAUCACAGCACCAACACCAUUGGUUGCCCAUCGCCUAGUGUAAUUUGUCAGCAACAUCUGCAACAGCAGCAGCAACAGUUGCACUCGGCUGGCAGCAGCAGCACGAGCAGCACAGCCAAUUCCACGCCAAACACAUCGCGACCGAACUCAAAGCAAAGCGGCACUCAGCGUCGCAUUGCCAUUGGCUCCAAGUUGCCCAUCUCGCAGUCCGAUUCGACGCUGUCGCUGCUUAGCCAUGGCCAGGGUCAGGGACACAGCACGGCCAAGGAGGAUUCGCAGCUGUUGAGCUCGGUGCGUUGCAUGCGCGUCGAUUUGGCCAUCAAAAACAAGGCAAUGCAGCGUCUCACCCGUGAGCUGGACGAGUGCAAGAAGACCAUACGCAAGCUGCAGCGUGACAGCGGAGCAGUUGCCUCCAGUGCAGCUGUGCAACGUCGUGGUCACGAUCAGGGGCAUUACCAGGACCAUGUGCCGCCUACCACGGAAUCCCAGGCCUUGAAGGAGGCACAAAACAAAUACCAUUUGCUGGAGGCUGAUUACAAAACGUUGCACGACAAGCGACUGCAGGACUUGAAGACACUGCAGAGUGCCCAUGAGCGUGAGCUGGCAUCGUGCAACGAGGCGGUGCGCAUACUGCAACAGCGUCUCAACGAGCGCGAAGAGGCAUUUGCCACACAGAAGCGUCGUAAGGUGCCCGUCGAUUAUUACGCCCUCAAAGCCAAGGUUUCGUUGCUGGAGCGACGUCAUUCGGAGCGAGAGGAACGCCUGCAUAUGCUUGUCGAGGCGCUGAGCAAGGGCAGACUGAAUGGGGCACUGGAGGAUAUGCUGCAGGAGAACAACAACAAGUAGUAGAAGUGACAACAACAAAUGUGAGAAGUAUUCAAUGUGAAUUUGGAAUUGUUGCAUUCCAAUCAAAGCAAAUCAAAAUUCACCGAGUACCACACACAAUUCGUUUGCUAUUCACAUUGCUACCAGAAAAGAAAGAAAGAAUAUUUUAAUUAACACUUGUGUUCUAAGCAAUUCAUAUUUUUGUAUAACGUAUUCGAGAAUACUCGUUGUUGAGCAGCCAAAUUGUAUUAUGAUUUAUUUAUUUCUUUUUGUUUUAAGAUAUUUAUUUAGUUAAGAUUAUGUGCGAAAAGUUGUUAGAGCCAUGCCCAAUAACUAGAUCGAUACUUGUCGUAUUUAUUACUAGAUAUACGUGUAGUUCAUCAGUCAAUUUCGAUUAGAAGUUGAGUUGAACUUUCCUCACUCACAAUAAUUAUUUGUAAAUAUUUAUUGAUCUAGCGUUGUGUAGGGUGUGUAGUUGUGUUUUUUUUUUUAAUGGGCAUGCAAUUACAAUAUUAAUAACAAAAUGAAAAUAUAGAAAUAUAUGUUAAGUACAAAUUAAGAUAUUGUACGGCAAUUUUUGGAAAGUGAAAGCCCUCCGCUCACUGCCUCGUUUGCAGCAAAAGGUCAACUUUUAAAUAAUACUAAAUUAUAAUAAUGAUAUUUAACUAUAAUAAUAAUAAUAUUUGUAAUGGUAAUGCUAAUAAUGAAGGUUAUGAUAGUUUUUAAAAUGAGUUAGAUAUGUAUGUAUAUUUUAAUAACAAAAACCAAAAAGUGUUUAAAACUAGCAAUUGACUAGCGUUGUAAUUGAUUGUAGAAUUGUUCAAAGCAUACACGAUAUCGAAAGAGACAACAAAACAUGCCAAAAACUACGAUAGAGCGAGACAACUAUAGUUGCUCAUAGCUAGCAUCUAUUAAUUGCCUCUGAUAAAAAUGAAAUGAAAUGAGAUAAGAUGAGAUGAGAUAGCAAUAUGGAAAGAAAACAAUCGCGUCUCCAGAAAUUCUGCCAAUAAAGUUGUUCCGUCAGAAAUGCUGCGAAUUGCAAAGCGAUUCUCUACAGAAUGUUUGCAGAGGCAGCAUUCAGUCAUUUGUCCAUCCAAAAAGUAUUAUGUGUGUAAGCAGCAGCGUUCGAUUAUAACUCGGAAAAGGGGCAUAAGAUGUGUGAAAAAAUUAAAACCAAAAGCAAAACAAAUAUUUCAAAGUUAACGUAUCUAAUAUGGCAUAACAUUGUAUUCUCCCUCUUUUAAUGACCAGCCGCCUACGCUAUCUAAAAUAAAUAUUGAGAGAGAGAUAGGGAAUGUGCUUAAAGUGCAUAAAUAGUAAAAAAGAGGCCCAACUUUAAAUUAAAAAAAAAAGUUAUAAUUAUAAUUGAAUUACUUAAUGCAAAACUGUCUUGAAUGUUUAAUGUGUACCAAUCUGAUGAAACUUGUUUUAACUUACAACUACACAACUCUUCUAAAACAGUCAACAAAACAUAAAUGUAUAAAACUGAUAUAGAUCAAAAGAUAUAUCGAAGAUUUAAAGCAUCUCUGAACUGAGCAAAGGAUGUCCAAGCAGUCGUAAUAGAAUCGACUAUAGUGUUCUUAUUAGUUUUAAACAAAUGCAUAGUUAUGCGUGUAUUAGUGUACUACAAGAACACUUUCAAACAAAGGAAACAAAAAUAAAAUCCUAGCCGAUUAAACUUCAAGUCGAAUGUCAAAUUGCAAAAUUGUACAACAAACAAAACAAAAAAUAUAAAUAGCUGAAACCAAAACAAAAACAAGAAAUACAUAAAACCAUAUAUGGUAAUUAUCUACAUACGAAAUAAAUCUUAA